CAAGAUCUGGAUUUGAAAUUUGAAAAUUUUUCUCGCUCUUUAUUUAUUUAUUUAUUCUGUCACGGUCUUGUUGCCAAUCUCGAUCCGCGUUUUGAGCAGGGGAAAUUAUCUACUGCAGCAAGUGGAUCUCGAGUUCGUCUUCUCCGAUGUCGAGAUCGAGAGCGUCCGAAUUCCCAAAGCGGCCAGCGCCGCUCCGCCUGCAGACCAGUUCCGAGGCCAACGUCCUCCACCGCACAGUGUCCGCGGCGGCCGGCGCCUCCCCCAAAUCCGGAGGUCGUCAUUCCCCUCGCGUCUGCUUGCAUGAGAACGAGAAGAAGCGCGGCACUAGAGAUGCGGAUCAACUGGAAUUGAAGCUUGGCGAAGCGGAGGAGGAGCUCAAGGAACUGAGAGCUCAAUUGUCUUCGGGGGAGGCCACCAAGCUCGACGCCGAGCGUGCUGUUGCCGUGAACUUAGUCGAGGAAGAAAAAGAUCGGGUGGAUCCUUCAGAUAAAGACGAUGACUCUGGGCACGAAGUAGGGGAUCAAGACGAAGAGGAAGAAUGGCGGAAGGAGAUGUUCAUGCUGAAGGCUUUUCUGCUGGAGAAGGAGAAAGAGGCGGAGAUUCUUCGAGAAGAAGCUGUGCUUCUCCGGGCGAGAGCAGCGGCAGAGUUGGUCGUCAUCCUCGCUGCCGCGCGUGCAAGGGAAGAGGCGCUGAUGACGAAGGUAAGAUCGGUGGAGGAGGAGAUGAAACAAAGCGCGGCCAAGGAAGAGCUGUUAGCAGAGCAGCUGCGCACGGCAGAAACAGAGAAGACAUCGGCGGAAGCCGAGAUGAAGCGGCUGAGGACGCAAAAUGAGCAAUGGAGGAAGGCCACCGAGGCGGCAGCCGAGGCACUGGAGGAUACCGGCGAGUGGGGCCCGGCAUCGAUGACCAGAGAGGAAGUGGGGAAGCGGAACGGGUUUCGCGUUUAGGUGUUUGGCGAUGUCGGGAAAAAGAAAGCUCCGUGCAAAUAAGAAAUGGAUUCCUGUUGUUUUCACUUUUCAUUAGAGAGAAUUACACUUUUUAUAAUAAUAUGCUGCAGCUAAGUUUCAAAUUUUAGAUCA